UAAUAAUAAUAACAACAAAAUGUGUGACAAAUCAAGCGAUGAAAGUGAAGACAAUAACAAUGACAACAACAAGAAAUCAUCGGAUGAUAGUCAUCGACGACCAGCGAUAGCGACCGCCGACGAUGAUAACAGACAUACGGAGGAAGACGACGACGACGACGAUGAAGAAGUGGUCACCGAUGACGAGGAAACGUCCGAUGAUGAAGAAGAAGACGGCGACGACACGACAGAUGUCGAUAUCGAGGACAAUGGCGGCGACGCUGCCGACGAAGAGGCCGGCAGUGGUGCCAGUGAUGAUGACACUGAUGAUGACGAAGACUCUGAUGACUACGAGACUGAUAUCGACGACAAUGAUAGGCAAGUGCUUCGCGAAGUAUCGGUCAACUCUGCAGUCGUCGCCGACAACGACUACACUGCAAACGGUGACAACACUGACGACUAUUCGCAGCCGACGUGCUAUAUAUGUCUGAACGAAUUUGUCGGCCAAGACAUCGGUAGUCCCGAUUCGUGUCCAGAUUUGCAUUACUUUUGUCUCGAGUGUAUCGAAGAGUGGAGUAAACAAAUCAACACCUGUCCAGUGGAUCGCAAAUUGUUUACCAUAAUAUGGGUGCGCCGUGAGAUUGCCGGAACCGUUAUCAUGAAGUUGCCAAUCGUCCAGAACGUUGUUCCUGACGCCGAUGCCGUACCCGACGACGUAACCUAUUGCGAGAUCUGUGGCCGCUGUGAUCGAGAAGAUCGGCUAUUGUUAUGCGACGGCUGCGACUUUGGCUUUCAUUGCGAAUGUCUGACACCGCCGCUGGAGACCAUACCCAUUGAAGAAUGGUUUUGUCCCGAUUGUUUCGAACGAUUGUUUGGUGCCGAUAGUAUCAAUCCGUUGGCCAGUGCCAGGCAUCAUCAUCGGCGAGCAAUUGCACGUACCGGAGCUUCGGAGGUCGUCCGGCAGCGAAUACUGGAGCGCCGACAGCCAUCAACGGCUACUAUUGGUGCCGCCACUACCACCACUGCGAGAGCUGCCGCACAGCGCCGAACGAGGACAGCAACCGCAACAACAGGUACUACUAUUAAGCGGCGACGAAAGCGACGGACAACCAAACGAAAGCGUAAGACAACGACUAGACGGCGCCGUAAAACAACAACAACAGCCGGAAAAAAGUCGACGACUACUGGACGGCGUCGAAAACGGCGUACAACUAAACGUAAGACACGACGAAAGGGAACCAAAAAGCGUAGGACAAGAAAGUCUGCGUUCGCUUCGCGACGAUUGCCAGCACCGAUAGCCGACGCUCGGACACGUAUAGCAUCUAAAUUAGGUAUCGGACCACCUCCUAAAUCGCCAUUUGGUUUGCCAUCGAUGAAGAAUGUCGGCUACGGAUCGAGCCGUCGGUUGACUGAAUUGCGUUCAGCUGCCGGCAUCACUCAACUAUCGAUGUUCGGCGGAGAAUUGGACGUCUAUGAUCCUCGCGUGCAGAUCAACAACGCCGACGACGACAAUAUUGAUCUGCUAAAUGGCGACGGAGUCGGUCUUAUUGCUCGAAGUCGUAUUAGUAGCCAUCGACUACUGGCCAGUCCUGUCAAAUGUAAAACUCAGCUCAACAUUGACAACAAUAAUUUGGUCGCAAAUACUGGAAGCCAAUCGAUAGACCUGUUGGCGUCCAUAAUGGACUCGCAGGCAAUGUUGCACACGUCGUCACGCGAUAUUCGUAUCUCACGCGACGGUUCACUGCAUAUCAAUAGGCAAAACAACAAUUUGUCUCCCGGUUCCUCUUCACCGCCAACUGUACGCUCCUGUGCAAACAGUAGUGGACAGUCGUCUCCAGCUCGUAAUAGUCCGACUAGCAAUGAGCCCAACAACAACUCAACAUCAUCACCGUCACACUCGCCCGCUGGAAGCUCACCGAACAGGAUUGACUCGUCCAGCGCUGGUAGUAGUGGUGUUGGUGGCGUCGGUAGUGGUAAUACAUACAACUAUUCAUUUGGCGGCAGUGUCGGCAAUGCCGCCUCAUAUCUUGAUGGAGCCAAUGGCGAAGAGUAUGCCGAUGAAGAUAUUAGCUCUAUUAAGCCGAUACCCGUCAAACGGUCACAGACUGAAGGAGGAGUAGUAGGAGGCGGCGCCGGCGGGACAGCAACCGAUACAGAUGGCGAUGAAGACUCAAAGCUGGAGCUCUAUAGUGAUAUUGAAUCUAUUGGUGGUGAUAAUAAAGAUCAGAUUAAUCGCGAUGAUGUGAUGAUGAUUGGUAACAGUGAUGAUGACAAUGAUGAUGAAGAGCUUGUUAUCGAUGACGAUAACAACAAUGAUCAACAAAAGUCUAAUCAAUUAUCAACAACAACGGGCAAUACGGGUGGUUCAGGUGAUAAUAGUGAUGCAAAUACAGUUCAAAAUAGCAGUACCGGUACUACUGAUACUGGUAGUGGUGAUGGUAACGGUAGUUCAACUUCUACUACUACUAAACUACCGAUCGACUCAUCGCCUUUCAAGUUACCGCAAUCGAUAACCACAUCAUCGACCAGUAUAUCGGGAACUACGACAACAGCAACAAUAGGUGUUAAUAAAACUUCUUUAGCAACAAAAUUGAACAAAAAACUUGUCCUGAAAUCUGGUGGCAAACGUCGGCCAUCUAUUAAGGAUCUGUUUGGCGACUCGGAUGAUGAUGACGAUGAAGAUGAAGCAGACAUUCGUCGACUGUUGGCCGAUGGCCACGGUAGCAUUAAUGUUCAUUAUCCCAUCAAAAUACCCAUUGUCUUCAAAAACAGUGUUCCACGAACUACAACGGUGGCUGCCGCCGAUGGCAAUAGUAAAUUAGUGGACAGAACUAAUAGUAGUAGUAGUAGUAGUGUUGGUGAUAGUGGUAAUAGUGAUAAUAAUAAUAAAAUAAUUACUUCGGCGCCAGUGAUGGUGUCUGAAACAGUGGACAUUAGUGCAGCACCCGAUCUGAACAAAUGGGUUGUAGUGAAUCCUGUCGACAGUACCGAUGUUAUCGGCGAUUCUACCAAAAGUGUCAACAAAUGGAAACCUAUUGAUGAAGUGAUAACCAAUUGUAAGCAGCCGUCAUCUAUCACUACUGCUGCUGCUGAUGAUGGACCACUUACCAGUGUUGACUCUCCUAUUAGUGCUACAGAUGACAACGAUAAAGAGGAUGACAUACUUAAUAAUAAUAAUAAUAGUAAAGCUAAUGAUGAUAAUGUUGAUAAGUCUUCAUCAUUGGACAUCGAUGAUGACGUCGGUGUUAGUGAUGAUAACAAUAAGUGUUGUUUAACUGUUGUCGAUGAUAACAAAUCUACUGAACCAAUUGACGACAAUCUGUCUAUCGCUAGUCCUACUGGUGAUACUCUGUUAACAACACAACAGCAGCUGCCGAUCACAAGUGCCGUGGAUGAAGAGGAAGGCGAGAUCAAAGAAGAGAGUAAUGCUGGUGAUACUGACUGUCAAAUCAAAGAGAAAGUCAAAUACUGUAGACACGGACGACCCAAGAAAGAGAGACAUCACAGUCAUAGAAGCGGUGACAACAAUAACAACAACCGUAGUAAUAGUAAAGAUAGACUGGAUGAUGGACAUAGGCAUAGGUCGCGUAGCACAAGUGAACCUAAGUCUAAACAUCAUCGGGACAGGGAUGGUGUUGUCGUCACAGUCGUCAAAGAUAAUAUUGACACUGAUUUGGGUAAUAAUAAUAAUAAUAAUGAUAAUAAUAAUAGUGUAAUUGAUGUUAAUGUUAAUAAUAAUGAUGUGGAUGUGGAUGAUGUUGUGAUUUUGAGUGCUAGUGAUAGUAGUGCACUUGAUUGUGGUAGCACCGUUGAAUUCAAAGAGAAAACAUACGAACCGAAAGCCGCGGCCACUGACAACUUGGUUGAGGCUAACGGUGAGAAUGCGGAACAAUCGGCGGUCAGUUGGAAACGGUUAUCGUCGACAACCAAAAUGAGAAGCUAUAGAGAUGGCAAACCAAAGCCCAGGGAUGUAGUCUAUGGAGAACGGGAAGUGUCAAAAAAGUUGGUUAGAAAGUCAACGAAAAGCGAGUCUUCAAAGGGCGGCAAUAAUAGGUUGUCUUCGUCGGCCAAAGAGUCGUCAUCGAAUAGUCGACAGCUGGACGACAAGCAUCGACUUAAAGACCAGAAUCGUGAGCUUAAUGUCGGUGAUGGCAAAGUCCAUCAUCAUUGCCAUAAACAUCGGCCACCGAUACAACAACAAGGAGGAGGUGGUGAUGACAGUCACGGCGGUGGCGGAGGAAGCAGCCGUAGUAAACGUAAAGCCGACGACCAUCAGCUUAGCGGCGGCGGUGAGUUGUCCGGCAAUUCGCGUAGUAAACGACAGAAAAGUUCGCGAAGUCCGCAUCGACACGAAGACUAUGACAAAGACAGCCGACACCACAAAAGUCAUAAGCAUCACAAGUCUAGCCGUCAUAAGCACAGUGGCGGUCCUGACGGCCAAAAGGACAGUCUAUCGUCAUCAACAACACGACACUCUUUAUCGUACAGAUCGUCCGCCGCAUCGAAGCAUUCACAUCAUUCCGCCGCCGGCGGAAGCAAAAGUAAGCCAAGCGCCAGUACGACGUCGUCAACUGUGGCGCCAGAUGUUGCCUCCGGCAGUGGUGACUACUAUCAGCAUACGAUAGCCAACAGCAGCACCGGUAACAGCGCCGGCACCAGUAAAUUGUUGCAGCGAUCGGUCAAUCAUUUGCAAUAUACCGACGAAAUUACACCGUUAGACUCGAAAGAGAUUUACGCCGAAGGCGAUCGUAUAGUAAUUAACGUUAACUUCAAACGAGACACUACCGCCGGAUCGACCGCAUCGGCUGCUAAACAUAACGAUAGUAGCGAACCAUCGACGGUAACGGCGGCCACUAACAGUCGGCAACGUCGACCACCCGUAUUGUCUUCAUCGCCAUCUCAGUCGCCCACAACUCAUCAUAAUAAGUCAUCGUCGGAAGCAAUCGGAACCAAACGUAGUUCCUCUAAAAAAGACGACUCAUUAUUCUGGGCGUCGCCGCCGCCACCACUGACGUCUCAAUCAUCGUCGAGCAUAUCGUCGACACAAAUAACCGCUAAUACUGCUACAGCCAUCACCACCACAACCGCCUCCGGCAGCGGCAGUAGCGGAGACCGAGUAGUUGAUGCCGACCACAAAUCGGACGGUAAACACAACAACGACGAGAUUCGCUUUUUGCCCCGAACUUUGCACCAAUCGGACACCGCUGCUAAUGACGGACCAUUGCGUCCUUCAUCGUACGGACCGCAUACACCACCCGAAAGCGACUACUGCGAAGAUCAAUUUAUGCCGACGCCCACCCAGGACGAGUCACGUUCGCCAAUGAUAUCGCCGAGUACGACCUCACGAUCAUCGCCCAUCAGUGGCCAAUCGUCGCCCCGUUUGUCGUUGUCCAGUCCAAAUAGUAAAAAUGACGACGAUGUCUACGAUCCGGAGGCACCACUCCAGAGUCCCGUAGAUCCUGACUCUAAGACCAGUUCUGCGACUCGCAAACGAACCACUGGACGAUCUGUACGAUCGUAUCCGAAAAGUCCGUCACCCGAACCGCAGCGAUCUCGUGAUCGGGAGAUACGAAGGCCACCGACAACUCCACCGACUAACGACUCAGUCAAGUCGUCGUCUUCUAAGUAUUCGCCACCAAAAGACAAGACAAAGUCAUCGCCGGCCAACUCAUCACUUCAUUCGCCAUUCAAAUCGCCCUCAGUUUUGCCGCAACGACAGCCACCGAAACAGUCGCCACAAAAAUCAGGAACCAAUUCUUCCUCAUCGCAACUGAUGCCACCGCCUCCUCCAGUGUCCAGUUCACGAUCGACUGGCGGUCAAUUGGCAUCGGCGGCCACUUUUGCCGCUGCUAUACGCAGUAUAACACCUCAAAAUUUAGUUCAACUCUUACAAGUGGCCCAAUCGUUGACAAAAAAGUCAUUGCCAUUGAACACCGGUAGCACCAACAGUGGUGGUGGUGGUGGUCAAUCACAUCGGCAAUCAUCAUCAUUAUCGUCCAAACAUCACGGGUCGUCGAGUUCCGGGACCAGUGGCAACAACAACAGCAGUAGUUCUCAAUCAAAUUCACAUUCAAAUCAAAACAACAACAGCUCCACCAGUCAUAACCGCGAUCACAAUGAAGUGGUCGACAUGGAUGUGGACAGUCCAUCGCCGCCGCAAUCAUCGACAACUACACUCCAAGGAGGUCAGCCAUCGCAACAGCCACGCGUAUCGUCGACAACUGGGACCACAACUACAGCCCAAGUGAAGACACUAUGGGAUCAGUUGAUGAAAUCGACAACAGUAUCGUCGAAACAACAGCCGUCUACAGGAGGACAGUCGUCAUUGCAGAAGCGUAUAAACGAUUUGACGUCCGGACAUAUUGGCGGCGGUAGUCAACAGAGAUCAACGAGCGGUGGUGGGGGCGGCGGAGGACAAGCCAUACAGCUAUCUGGUGGUGGCAACAAACAACACGGCAAUCAUCAUAGACAUCAAGUGGUCAAUGUAACAGCCAAUGAUGCCACCAAAAAACAGACGACCAGUGGAUCCAAGUUGGAUCAGUUGACUGUUUUGGAUGACGUACCGUCCAGUGCUGUCGAGAUGGCUGUCAAGGAAAAGUUUAUCAAAAAACUGAAUCGUCAGGAACGGGUCAUCGAAGAGGUCAAACUGGUACUCAAACCGCAUUACCAGAAACGGUCUAUCGAUAAGGAUCAGUACAAAGAGAUAUUAAGGAAAUCGGUACCGAAGAUAUGUCACAGUCGUUCGGGUGAAAUAAAUCCCAUAAAAAUCAAGUCACUGAUCGAGGGUUAUGUCAAACGAUACAAAUAUUUAAGGAAAAAAUCUACAAAAUUGUCGACAACUAAGAAGUAA